AUGGCUGAAGGUAUCAUCUAUCUGCAUGGCCGGCGAUGCCUGAGAGGGGCCCUAGGCAUGGCUACUUCCUGUGCAGAUGCGAAAGCAAGGGCUUUGCAACCAUCAGGGAUGCCAGGGCCUGAAGAGGGCUUCCUCGAUCCGGAGCAACCGGGAAGCAAGAAUGGUGAUGGUGCAAGGGUAUAG